GUUAAGUUUCCCUCAGCCUUUCCUGAUAAUGAUCAAAUGGAAAACCAGCCUGGGACGCUAGUCCACCCUGGUUUCUGGUCUCUUGAAGGUCUCUGAUGCCCCCGACUCCACAUCUGAUCUGCGGCCAGGUCACUCCACUGCCCACUGACAUGGAGGAGUACCCAGUGUCCCCUCACACCCCAUUCUCUGCAUCUUUCCCCUCUGCGGUGCCUUACCACACGGGUUGGAGUAUUUUACCUGAGGCAGGAGCCAUGAGCGUAGAGAAGGCUUUAGCAGAUGGGAACUUGCUGGAGGUGGUUUCUGUGGUCGAGGAUACUCUGAAGACAGCAUCCAGCACCCCAGUGAAAAUCGCUGUGACAGGGGACUCCGGCAAUGGCAUGUCUUCCUUUAUCAACACUCUUCGGGGCAUUGGACAUGAGGAGGAGGCCUCGGCUCCCACUGGAGUGGUGAGAACUACCGAAACACCUGCCUCUUACUUGUCCUCCGAUUUUCCAAACGUGGAGCUCUGGGACCUGCCUGGCAUGGGGACUUCCCCACAGAGCCUGAAGGAAUAUGUCACGGAAAUGGAGUUCAACAAGUACAACCUCUUCAUCAUCAUUGCAUCAGAACAGUUCAGCAUGAAUCAUGUGAUGCUUGCCAAAACCAUUGAGGGGAUGGGAAAGAAGUUCUACAUUGUCUGGACCAAACUGGACAGGGACCUCAGCACAAGCAUGCUCAGGGAGGAGCAACUCUUGAAGAAUAUCCAAGAGAAUAUCCUAGAAGAUCUCCAUAAGGAGCAGGUGUGUGAGCCCCCCAUAUUCCUGGUCUCUAACUUUGACCCUUUAUUGCAUGACUUCCCAAAACUCAGGAACAAAUUGCAAAUGGACCUCAUCCAUAUCAGAUGUGAUGAUCCCCUUCAGAGGCUGUCCCACACCUUUGAGGAGAUCAUUAAUGACAAAGUGACCUCCCUGCGGGCGAGAAUAUACACAGAGUCUUUCCAGAAGACCCUUGGCAUUCAGGAUCCAGAUGAUUCAGAGGAGUGUCUGAAAACCUUCAAAUUACUCUUUGGUGUGGAUGAUGAAUCUCUCCAGCAGGUGGCACAGAGAAUGAGGACAGCAGCCACUGAGUACAAGAACAUCAUGAAGUCCCAGGAAUUGCAGACUCUCAGCCCACAGGAGCAGUUGAUUCCUUGGAUACACUGGAAUACAGCCUAUUACUUAAGAAGUAUUUUUAGCUACAUCCCAUUCCUUGGUGGCUUUGUUACCCACUACGUCAGGUGGGUAAAACACACACUGUAUCUUGACAUGGUUGCCAAGGACACCAAGACUAUCCUGAAUAAAGUCCUGGGAGACUCCAUCUUUUUGGAUGAAGACAGGGCAUCUGGAUCCUCUUCUCAGUCCUGUACCUUUUCUACACUCUCAUGCAGGGAGAUCAACCCUUCCACUUCCAUGGAUUUGUAUACCUUAAGUUAAUGGACUGACUUGCUCAUUUUGUACCCACCUUAGCAAGCACCAUAAUGUGUUGUACUCCUUAGCAUUUGUUCAAUUUCGUUAACUAAAUUAGCUG